AAUCAAAAAACAAACACAAACAGAUCUAAGAAUCAAAACAACAACAACAAAAGAAUCUCUGAAAAUGGAAACUAAAAAAGUACAAGCAGAAGAUGAAGAAUCAUUACCAACAUCAACAACACCACUUCUUCUCAACAACAUUAACACUUCUUCUUCUCAAAACAAACCAACCCUUCUUCUCAAUCUCAUAACCUGCAUGUCACUCAUCACAGCCAUCACUUUCUCUCUCCUCUUCUUCUCUCUCUCACCACCCUCAACCACCACAGCCACCGCCCGCCACCUCAAUAAACUCCACCACCCCACUGUCAUCCUCAUCUCCUCUGACGGUUUCCGUUUUGGCUACCAACACAAAACCUCAACUCCCAACAUCCACCGUCUUAUCACAAACGGUACAGAAGCUCUCACUGGUCUCAUCCCAGUUUUCCCAACUCUCACUUUCCCUAACCAUUACUCCAUUGUCACUGGUCUCUACCCUCCUCAUCAUGGUAUCAUCAACAACUUCUUUUUCGAUCCGGUUACCGGCGAAAAAUUCACCAUGGCUAGCCAUGAAUCAAAAUGGUGGCUUGGUCAGCCCUUAUGGCAAACUGUUGUCAACAGUGGUAAAAUUGCUGCUACUUACUUUUGGCCUGGCUCUGAGGUAAAAAAAGGUUCUUGGACUUGUGAUGAUGUUAAGUAUUGUAAACAUUAUAAUGGUUCUGUUAGUUUUGAAGAUAGAGUUGAUACUGUUUUAGACUAUUUUGAUUUGGAUCUUGAUGAUAUACCGGUUUUUAUGACGCUUUAUUUUGAGGAUCCUGAUCAUCAAGGUCAUCAAGUUGGUCCUGAUGAUGAUGAGGUUACUCAAGCUGUUGCUAGGAUUGAUGGGAUAAUAGGGAGGUUGAUUCAUGGGUUGGAAAAAAGAGGGGUUUUUGAGGAUGUUAGUAUUAUUAUGGUUGGUGAUCAUGGUAUGGUUGGUACUUGUGAUCAAAAGCUUAUUUUUUUAGAUGAUUUAGCUUCUUGGGUUGAAAUUAAAUCGAAUUGGGUGCAUUCGUAUUCGCCGUUGCUUGCAAUUUGGCCACCAAGUGAUUCUAAUUAUUCGUUGACUGAUGUUGUGGCGAAGAUGAAUGAAGGGUUGAGUUCGGGUAAAGUUGAGAAUGGGAAUAAGUUGAAGGUGUUUUUGAAGGAAGAUUUGCCGAAGCGGCUUCAUUAUGCGGAGAGUGAUAGGAUUCCGCCGAUUAUUGGGUUGGUUCAUGAGGGUUAUAAGGUGGAGCAGAGUAGGACAGGGAAGAAAGAGUGUGGUGGUGCUCAUGGUUAUGAUAAUGAAUUUUUCUCUAUGAGGACUAUUUUUAUUGGACAUGGUCCUCAAUUUGAAAGAGGGAAGAAGAUACCUUCGUUUGAGAAUGUUGAAAUUUAUAACUUGAUUACUUCUAUACUCAACAUUAAGGGUGCGCCUAAUAAUGGAUCUGACUCAUUUCCGCAAUCUGUUCUUCUACCGAAGGCUUAAUAAUGCUCGAAGUUCGGUGUUUCUGAGCUGCUUGUGCUUGACAGUAUGUUCUUUGUUCUCCAAGAGUGAUGUGAUGCUCAGAAGUAUGAAAAACAUGAUGAGGAGAUGUUGCAGGAAAGAAAAGGUAUCUUAUACCCGGAUUCUUCUAGUUCUAGCCUCUAGGAUUCAUUAAGCUACUUUCAGUAUACAUUGAUUUAACUUUUUGUAUCUGUUGACGGAUAAAGAAUAGGUAUCUUAUACCUGUAUUCUUGUAGGAUUAAACUACCUCUGAUUUAAUUUGCUUUAAUUUAUCUUAUCUGUCGGUGGAUCACUUCCUCUUUAUUAUUUCAUAA